AUAAACUCAUCGCAACUCAAGCCCCCUGCCUGUAUCCAUAUAUAUACCUCUCAUAUUGUACUCAUCGAUCAUCUUCAAACGGUCAUACUUGCACCAAGAAAGACUUUCUAUCCUCGCUUGUUAAGUUCUAGGUCCUAUCGUGAACAUGACAAGUCAAGCGGCGGAUUCGCAGAUUAAUCAUGCGGAUGCUAUCAAUUACUGGGAAAGCAUAGAAGCAAGUGAUGAUGGAAUGCUGGGCGGCUUUCCGUAUAUCAGUCGAGUGGAUAUACAGGGAUCAAAGAACUUCUUAGGGAAGCUGGGGGUAAAGGGUGCGAAAUUGGGGAGGGCGGUGGAUUGUGGGGCGGGAAUCGGUCGAAUUACAAAAGCAUUGCUUCUUAGUGUUGCUGACACAGUGGAUAUUGUGGAACCAGUAACGAAGUUCUCUUCUGCGCUUAUAAACCAACCUGGAGUUGGCCAAAUAUACUCGGUUGGCCUCGAAGCGUGGACACCAGAUGCAGAAACCAGAUAUGACUUGAUGUGGAACCAAUGGUGUCUAGGACAUUUAACUGACUCUCAACUGGUGGAGUAUCUUCAAAAAUGUGGAAAGAUGUUGAAUGAAAAUGGUUGGAUCAUAGUGAAAGAAAACAUGAGCACGCAUGCUGGAAAUGACAUGUUCGACGAGCUGGAUAGCAGCGUCACUAGGACUGAUGAGAAAUUCCGUGCACUCUUUGAGAAAGCUGGCCUGAAGUUAAUGAAAACAGAACUGGCGAAAGGUUUCCCGAAGGGAUUGUACCCUGUCAGGAUAUAUGCAUUGAAACCGGAAUGAAUAUCAAGCAUAGCUGCCACAAAAUUCUCGACAUAUUAAAAACACUCCGCCUACCACGCGACAUAAAAGUGCCGGUUACUUGACAACUUCAUAUGGCUUGAAGGGGUAAUGCAGGUCAAGGAGAGUAUUUUGGGACAAAUGAUUCUAUCCUAGAAGAUAGAUUCUGAAGAGUCCAGUGCGAGAUAUACUCGUCUACCACUGGAGUAAUUUGCCACACUGUAUAAGAAUAUGAAGAUUAUUCGUUC